CAAUUAAUUGAAACAACAAUUAAAAAUUAAUACAACAAUUAAUUUAUAUGACGUCUUCAUUAAGCAUUUUCGAAUUUUCGGUUGGACUCAAUCGUUGUCAUCAUCUACACCAACAACAACAACAACAAGACAGCAAUCAUCAGCAGCAGUCGUUGUCGUCAUCGACAGAUAACUUGACCACAAUAGACAACCAACGAUUACCGCCAGUGUUUACCACAGCGUUGUUUAUGCCGUGUCAUCGGUCGCCACCAAAUCUCGCCAACAAUUUAAGGCAUUCUUUAGGUGGUGGUGUUUCUGUCAGAUCCAGUAGAAGACAUAGUAGUAGUAGUAGUAGUACUAGUGGUAACUGUUUAGACGAUUAUCGGUCGUGAUAUCUGAUAUCAAAUCGUGAUUAGCUAUUAGCUCACCAUUUCAUGUGUGAUUUUUUUUGGUGGUCGGCUCUUAAACGCCAUCGUCAUCUGAUCUAUUAAUUUAUAUGUUGGUCUCUCUCUCUUAUCACUACUUUAUCUCUCUCUCUCUUUCUUCUGUGUCUAUCUUUUCAAUCAAAUCUUUCAUUCAAAUCCACUACUUUAUCACCAAUUGGUUGGACUCCGUCUCGACGACACCAAUCCGAUCGGUUGUCUCCCAUAAUUUGAUUUGAUUUACCGAUAAUUAUCAUCGGCUAUCAUAAAACUAAUAGCCCAUUGCACCGACCAUUGCAAUCAACAACAACAAAAAAUCUCAUUUUUUUCUUGAAAACAAAAGAUUGAUCCAAAAAUUUUCAGACAAAAAAGACAUCCAAUCGCUUAUAUAGCUAUCUAUCAUCAGCUAAUAGUUGUUUCAUUCAAAUAUUUUCUCUUAAAAUCUACGGUAAACUAAAAAAAAAACAAUUGUUUAGUCAAAUAUCUACUUCUACGACAACAAUGGCUAUGCUUAACGUUAAUCGUAAAGUAAUUGAUCCCUUCUAUCGAUACAAAAUGCCAAGACUUGACGCCAAAGUCGAGGGCAAAGGCAAUGGGAUUAAGACUGUAAUCGUUAAUAUGGUGGACGUGGCCAAGGCUUUGAAUCGGCCGCCAAUGUAUCCGACCAAAUGGUUUGGCUGUGUUCUGGGAGCACAAGUUAACAGCGAUCUCAAGAACGAACGUUACAUUGUUAACGGUGCUCACGAAUCGUCACGACUGCAGGAACUGUUGGACAGUUUUAUCCAGAAGUACGUACUGUGCGGUGCGUGCGAAAAUCCCGAAACAGUUUUAUCGGUAAGCAGCAAAAAAGGUACCAUUGGAUCCACUUGUAAGGCGUGCGGCCAUUCGUGUAUGCUGCCGGUUACCGAUCGAUUGGCCACUUAUAUAUUGAAAUGUCCGCCAACACAGUCGUCGGGCGGUGCCGGCUCGGGCGCAUCAGUGCAGGCGUCCGGCAAGAAAAGCAAACGCAAAGCUAAAGACGGUAAAAAUGGCGGCGGCGGCGGCAAGAAUGGCGACUCUAAUGAACGAAACGGUAGUCCGCAUAGCGGUUCCGAUGGCGACCUUAAUGGUGGCGAUGUCGAUGAUGAUUGGGUUCCCGAAGAGGAUACCGACGCCGAUGCUGUGGCUCGUCGUAUGGAAGCUGCGCUCAGUGCCGGUACCAAAGCCCUGAUGAUGAACGACGAUCUCGAAAAGAGUUCCGAAGAAAGGAUUCAAAUAUUUUACGAUUUUCUUAAGAAGAAAAAGAGUGAUAACAACGGCGGCGGCGGCGGACCCAUGGAUGCCACCAUCCAGAAGGAGAUUGUAUGCGAAGCCGAACGUCUGGAAGUAAAAGAAAAGGCUGUAAUCGUAUUGUGCGAACUGCUCUUCGAUGAGCCCAUAAAGAUAUUGCAACAGAUUAAGACACACAGACUAUUGUUUUUGCGGUUUACUUCGGAUAACAGUAGAGCCCAGAAAUAUUUGUUGAGAGGCAUUGAAUUGACUAUCAAAGAGUUUAAGGAUCAGCUUAUAGUACGUGUACCCCAUAUUCUUAAGCAACUCUACGAUUUGGAUAUACUGGACGAAAAAGUCUUGAUUGAAUGGGGAUCUAAAGUCCAGAAGAAGAAUGUGGGCAAAGAAAUCGGUCAAGAAAUCUAUGACAAGUCGCAGCCGUUUAUCAAAUGGCUUAAGGAAGCCGAAGAAGAAGACGAUUCAGACGACGAUUCCGAUAAUGACGAAGAUCUCGAAGUGGUCUACGAUGAGCGCAUACGUCCCGAUAAGAUCAUACAAAUCGAAGACAAUGAAGACAUGAAUAACAAGAACAACAAGUCGUCGACUACUAAUCAAUUGAAUAAUACAUUAUUGUCGACACCAUUGACACCAACGACAUCAUCAGCAGCAGCAUCGAUGACAAUGACAGCCAUGACUCAGGACGAGAUCAUUACCAAUACGAAGACUGUUAUCCAAGGUCUGGAAGCGUUGAAAAAUGAAAACCACACGAUAUUGGCCGGACUGGUGGCCACAUUACAAGUGGUCAAAGAGACGACGACCACCAGCAAUGUCGGCGGCGGCGACGCCAAUACAAGACUAAUGGAAGAAAAGGCUUCAAUCAUACAGAAGAUUAUCGAAUCGAUUGAACUGGGUUUGGGUGAGGCAUCGGUAAUGACGGCUCUGGCCGGCCAUUUGCAGACAAUCGAAGCCGAAAAGCAGAAACUACGGGCUCAAGUCAGACGAUUGUGUCAGGAAAAUGCUUGGCUUAGGGAUGAGUUGGCUAAUACUCAACAGAAAUUGCAGGCAUCGGAACAAAUGGUUGCACAACUGGAAGAAGAGAAGAAACACUUGGAGUUUAUGAAUUCGCUGAAGAAAUACGAUGGACAGGACACCAGUAUUUCCGAGGAAACAAGUUUCAGCGAAAAAAGUAAAUCCGAAACCGAGCCGCCGUUGGACUUAGGCUUUCCCGACGAUGACGACGACGUUGUCCAUCCGGAAGGUCUGACACCGACACCGCCCGGCCAGAUGGCCGCCGCUGCCAACGCUGGCUACGAAAUACCCGCCCGACUACGUACGCUGCAUAACUUGGUCAUACAGUACGCGUCGCAGGGCCGCUACGAGGUGGCCGUACCGUUGUGCAAGCAGGCUCUGGAAGAUUUGGAAAAAACCAGUGGACACGAUCAUCCCGAUGUGGCCACAAUGCUCAACAUACUGGCACUGGUCUACAGGGAUCAGUAUAAGUAUCGGGAAGCGGCCAACCUGUUGAACGAUGCCUUAAACAUCCGGGAGAAAACAUUGGGCGAAAAUCAUCCGGCCGUAGCUGCAACAUUGAAUAAUUUGGCCGUAUUGUACGGUAAACGUGGCCGCUAUAAGGAAGCCGAACCCCUAUGUAAGCGUGCCCUAGAAAUCAGGGAACGAGUAUUGGGGAAAUCGCAUCCGGAUGUCGCUAAACAACUAAACAAUUUGGCCCUAUUGUGCCAAAAUCAAGGCAAAUACGAUGAAGUGGAAAAAUAUUACGUCCGGGCGCUGGAAAUCUACGAAAAAGUUCUCGGACCGGACGACCCGAAUGUGGCCAAAACUAAAAACAAUCUGGCCUCGGCCUAUCUGAAACAGGGCAAGUAUAAGGAAGCGGAACUAUUGUAUAAGCAGGUGCUGACCCGGGCACACGAGCGGGAGUUCGGUUCAAUCGAUGACCAGAAUAAACCGAUUUGGCAGUUGGCCGAAGAACGGGAGGAGAUCAGGUCGAAGAAUAACGGUGUAAUGCCGCCGCCGUCGUCGCAGCAGCAGCAGUCGGCGACGGCAACGACACCCGGAUCGGCCACCAAUGCCGACUACGGCGGCUGGCAUAAAGCUGUUGAUAAAUGUCCAACAGUGGCCACUACGCUGAAGAAUUUAGGUGCACUCUAUCGACGACAGGGCAAGAAUGAUGCCGCAGAAGUACUCGAAGAGACGGCAUUGAGGGCUCGCAAAGAAGCUUUUGAUGCGGCCGUACGUCAAGGCAAGUCACCUCAUUAUUUAACCACUGAUUUUAUUGCUACUACACAACAGUCCAGAGAUAAAAGACGAUCCUUUUCUAAGGAUAGCAGUCGACGGGGGUCUCGGGAGUCUCUAGACCUGAUGGCCACCACCACCAGCAACGAUAGUAUGGCCGCCUCCGCCACCACCGCCGGUGACGAUUCCUCCUCAUCGACAAUCCUACUUCCGAGGACAUCGUCCGAUAUGAAUCUAAGUGGCGACCAAUUGGGCGGCGGCGGCAUUGGCGGCGGCGGCGCCAAUCGAUCGGGACUUAAGUCUAAACUGUUCAGCGCUCUGGGAUUUCAUGGACCCAACACUUCCGCUUGAAAAACACAUUAAUUUUUAUUUUUAAAAAAAACACACACACACACAUAAAAACCCCCUUUUUAUUUACUGCACCUAUUAUUUUUGAUAAUUGAUUUGAUUGAAUGCUCUUUUUAUUAUUAUUAUUAUUUAAA